UCAGCACCUGGACAGCUCCCUGUCGUGAAUCUCCACCUCCUCCUCUUCCUCCUCCUCCUCCUCCUCCUCCUCUUCCUCCUCUUCUUCUUAUUUUUACCAUCGGGCACAUGGAGUCCCUGCUGUGACUGUGGUGGAGGGGAAAGCCCUUGCACAUCCCUCCGAAGAUGUCAGUCUCUCCCUGAUUUGGUGACAAGCCCCGUGGUCUCCGCUGAAGGAUGCUGCUUCCAGUCCGGAGUGGGGGUCUUCAUCGUGCGCUGUCUUCUGAGGGGCGAUACGGGAGCUCGGCCGACGCAGAUUUAAGGGGGAUCGCAGCCUACACACAGCAAGAUCCGAGCCUCCCUCAUCAUCAUCACCACUUCCACCACCAUCAUUAUCAUCGGCGAGGAGGGAGAUACAGCGAUCAUCUCUGCGAGGGCAAAGGAGUCACGACAGCACUUUACACAAUGUAGAGCAAUAAAACGCCAAAAGGUGUGGUAGGAGCCAGGUGUCUGCGGUGGUGAAAUCACAUUUCACACUUGAGGUCCCUUAUUGUGGACAUCUAUUUGCUGCAACAAGACCUCAACAUGAGCAAUUCCCAGGUUCCUCCACGGGCUGGAGCCUCGGAGCUGGAGGUGAUCUCCCAGCAGGUGGAGGAGGACAACCAGUGCAUUGCCCCUGUCCAACUGGUCAGCUUCGCCUACAGAGACUUGCCUCUGGCCGCCCUGGACAUAUCCCUCGCUGGAUCACAGCUCAUCUCGAACCCAGAUGAAGAGGACAACAGAGAGGGGUCAAACUGGCUGAAGCCUUGCUGUGGGAGGAGGGCGGCGCUGUGGCAGGUCUGUCUGCUGUCGGCGGGCUUCAACUGCUUCCUGGUGGCCUGUGUCGUCCUGGUGGUGCUGCUGCUGACGCUGGAGCUGCUCAUAGACGCCAAGCUGCUGCAGUUCAACAACGCAUCCCAGUUCGCCAGCAUCAUCCACUGGAUCAGCCUGGCCAUCCUCUCCGUCUUUUUCACAGAGACGGUGUUCAGGAUCGUGGUGUUGGGGAUCUGGGAUUACAUAGAAAACAAAGUUGAGGUGUUUGAUGGAGCUGUCAUCGUCCUCUCUCUGGCCCCCAUGGUGGCCUCCACAGUGGCCAACGGCCCCAGCAGCCCCUGGGAUGCUAUUGGUCUCAUCAUCACGCUGCGCAUCUGGAGGGUCAAGAGGAUCAUUGAUGCCUAUGUGCUGCAAGUGAAGGUGGAGAUGGAGCUGGAGAUCCACCAGUAUGAGAAGGCCAAGGCAGUGAGGGAGGAACAGCUUGACCGUCUCACUCAGAUCUGUCAGGAACAAGCAUUUGAAAUCAGGCAGCUGAGAGCCCACCUGGCCCAGCAGGACCUGGACCUGGUGGCAGAGCGUGAAGCAGCAAUGCAGAUCCACCAUAUGUGGGGUAAACAAAGCAGCACUUUCCAGGAGGUGGAUGGACUGGCCCCGGGGGCCUCGGAGCAUCACGCUCCAGCUAAAGCGAGAGAGCCCGGGGGGCCUGCAGAUCACCAUGGUCAAGAUGACAUGAACAACUACAUCAGCCAGUACUACAGUGAGCCAAGCAGUGAUAUGGGGAUCCCGGACCCUGCACGAGUCAUCACCACAGCAGCCAUAGACGUGCACCUGCCCAACAACCCCAGCCAGCUUCCCUCCUCCUUGGUGAGUGCAGAUGCAGUGCUGUCCAGCUGUUUGCAGCGGACCGGCAGCUCGGUCAGCGAGGCCUCCACGACCACAGUGUCCCGCACCAGCUUCAGCGCCCGCCAGCACAGCAUCAGCAGCCACACACUGGGCUCCACCACAGACUGCAGCUCCACUGUGCGGGAGGCCUCCACCUCCACGGACUACAGCGACCAGCGCUGCUACCCUCCACCCUACAGCAGCCCCCUGGCCCUGGGAAGGCAGCCCCAAGGGAGUCCCAGUGCUGUGGUGCAGGAGCUGCUCUCCUCUCUGACUGAGAACUCCUGUCUCACACAGAAGGGCCUGGACCCUGUCAACCUUAAACCGCCCAGCCCGGCAGGCUCCACCAAAACCAGCCCAGAGCUGGAGCACAGGGUCAACAUCUACAACAAGAGGAACCAGGAUCUUCGAGUCGGGCUCCACUCUAAACCACUCAUCCAUCUGCAGGGCAAUGAGGCUUUUCUGGAGGAGAAGUACAGGAUGAUGGAGCCAGUAGACGCUCCAGUCAACCGCCUGUCAGAGGCAUGAGACUCUGCCUGACACAUGGAUCACUUUUCAGAUCAACGGCAAAAAAACGCUUUACUAAACUCCCAUGUUGUCGGGGGUCACUGGCACGUAAACUCAUCCUCUUCGUACUAUUGGAGCCGAGAGAGGAUGAACUUGCCAGAGCAGCACAAAUAGGGAGUGGAGGACAGAGAUGGACAGACUUGUUAUCAGGAACCACUUAUCAGGAAUAGACACUUACAAAAAAAACACUUGAGUUUUAUGAACUAAAUAUUUACCAAAAGAAAAACCAGCAACAGGGUGAAAGCCCACAAUUUUCAAACUGGUCUGUGCAGAAAGAAAUCUGGCUUUUGAUAUGUAAAUUUCCUCUGAUAUACUUUGUAGGAAUUGGAGACGCUGGACCGAUUCACUGGAGAGCUACAAACUGUGAUCAGUGCCCUCCCCCCCCAAGCUACGAGGCGCGGUUUGAUCACAGGUCUAAGUGAGUCAGCUGAUCAGUCUGUCAGUCUGGUGUCUCCAAACUCACCAGGAUCAGUCCCCUUUGAUGGACUGCUGCAGGGUACAUCGGAUCAGUCUCCACUUCUUUCUAACCUUUGUCUUUCUAUAUUAUCAGUGUUAUCAUUUUUAUCUAAACUCUGUAAGUGGAAAGAGUGCGGAAACCUUUUGACUGGAGGGUGACUGAAGUGAUUUUGACUUUUUAAUCCAGGUGCCAUGACUGGAAGCUGACCAAACCCAGCUGAGUCAGUGUUUACUUAAAUAAUAAAAAUGCAGCAUGUCCCUCACACACCAAAAUAAGUUCUAAGUUAAAUCUACCUGCGUAUGAUGGAGUUCAUACCAUUUAGUCUAAAAUACUACCUUUUUGUGAUUUUAAUGUUUGGAAGCUAUGUAAAUAUUUCAGGAUGGGUUUGAUCUUCGUCACAGACAAACAUGUUGAGGGACUGGCUCUACAAUAAAAUGUUGGGAAGAAAAUUACAGCAUGAACCUUCAGGAUUUGCCAAUUUAACAUUGCAAACUAUCUCUGUUUAUUGUUGUGUCAAUAGGCAUUUUCCAUCUUGAUCAUGGACAGAGGGCAUUACAUAACAAACCCAAUAAAGGGGACGUCGUGGCAAAAUAAGAGAGCUGGUUAUUACUUGACAAUUUAAUAGAAUUGUUUUCCAAGAGCAUCUCAAUAAUUACAUCCUCAGUGUGAACAGCUACAUCUUACAGCCAAACUACAUCGUCACACAUCUGAAGAGAAGGUAAGCAUUCCCAGAGAUCCAUUACUGUAUCUUAAAAUGAAAUACAUGACAACAUGUGGACUACUGGAGGCACAAAUUAAACUCUUGCCACAGGUGAGUACAAGCUUAUUUACUGGUACUUGUAUAAAACUUUGAUGUUAAACUCAUUUAAUUCCAUACUGAGUGUUUGUCAGGCAGAGAUGUUGAGGUUUUUAUUUCCAAACGCAGACAUUCACAGCACCAGCGUCUGUAACAUCCUGUGGUCUCUCCCCCAGCUGUGCACUGGAAGUUUUAGUUCAACCUUUGUUUCUCU